CCUCAUUUUAAUAAAUGUUUGCGGUAGAAUCGGUCGCAACUUUUUUAUUUAUUUUUUAUUUUUCCGGCCGAAUCGGUCGCUAAUGGCUUUGCGGUAUUUCUGCCAAAUUUUGUGACGGAUAUGGAUGGAAUAUCUGCCAUAAUUAUUACUAAAAAUUGAAAAAUAUAGUUUUAGACCAUUUCCAAUCGAUUCCGUCGGAAAUUUUCGGCUACUUUUUCCGGUCGGAAAUUAAUACUUUUUAGUGGUGUGAAGGCAGGAAGCUCAUUAAGUGAGCUAGUUUGCAACCCCUAAAAAUUUCAACUGUUCAACUUGCCUUCUGGGAGAAAAUCAAAAUAUGAUUACCCUUUCAACAAGUCCUCGUCAUCGUUAAUUUCCAUUAAGUUUCACAUCGAAUUAAGUCAAUCCUAUUGUAGAAUCGUUCCAUUCCCCCUGAUAGCCGCAAACUCUUUUCCUGGAGUUGAUCAACGUUGACUUAUUUAUUAACGCUUUGCACGUCUUUUCCUUCUACUAUUACCUUAUACUUUUCUUUUAAUUUGAACAAAUUGACAAAGUAUUAAAAUAACUCUAUACAUACAGUUAGUAGGUUCCAAGUACAAGUACGAGACCAAGAUUUGGUCCGUUUCUCUAGGUUUGUUUCCGCUCUAUAUAAAGACAUAACAGUAUUCUUAGUUACAUAGUAGAAUAUAAGCAAAAGAGGAGAAAGGAGAAUUCCAAUUCAGGGAAUAAAAUUCUCCUUUCCCCAGUGGAUAAAAAAAGAACAAACCAUAGAAUUUCUUCAUCAUUCUUUCUACGUAGAAGCUUCAUUUUAGACUUCCAAGCAAAGGACAAUUUCCUCAAAAUCUUUCCGUGUUAGAAUGUCUAUGUUAAACGAAAAACACAUCCAAAGGAUUUUCGACAAGCUUGAUGAAGAUGGUGAUGGAUUAGUAAGUUUAGGUGAACUCAAAGGCCUUCUUGAUAAGAUUGGAGCUUGUACAGAUCUUGACGAGCUCCAUUCUUUGGUAGGAAAAACGAGCCUAAACUUCAUUGACUUCUCCCUCUUUUACGAGGCGAUGGUGAAGAAAAAUAAUGGGGAUGAAAAGAGAAAAGAGGACAAUAAUUUGGAAGAUGAUCUUGUUGAAGCAUUCAAGGUGUUUGAUUUGAAUGGAGAUGGUUUUAUUUCUUGUGAGGAGCUUCAAAAAGUUUUGUCAAGAUUAGGGUUGUGGGAUGAGAAAGAAGGAAGUGAUUGUAAAAGCAUGAUUCAUAUGUAUGAUACUAACCUUGAUGGAGUUCUUGAUUAUGACGAGUUCAAGAACAUGAUGUUGGUUUCUAAUUCUGAGGGUAUUCCUAAUUUGUAAAUUAUUGACUUUUUAUUCAUCUUUUUUAAACUUUCUACAUUAAUUGUUGCGA